AUGUCACCAGUCGGUGUCAGCCCUGAGUCGCAGGUCGACUCUGCCGCUGGCUCUGAGGCAGCCUCCCCAACGUCCGACAAAGAUGGCGAACAAGACGAAGCUGAUGUCAUUCCCGAAAAUCCGUUCGACAGCGAGAGCAGCAGGCUGGUCAUUGUCGGUGGUCAAUCCACGGGAAAGUCGUCACUGCUUCAGAGCUUGACCGAUAUUCCCUUUCCAGUUGGUUCUGGCUGCUGCACUCGCUUCGCCACAAGGAUUGUAUCUCGGAGAACCGCGCCUGGAAGUCGCAGCUCUGUCAAGGUGCCAAAUGUCGAGCCUGAUAUCCCAUCGGGUGCGGAAUAG